GGCCUCAUGAAUAUUCAUUUUGUCUCCACUGUGGGAGUUGACCUGACUCCACUGGUGCUUAAAUGGCCCAGUUUGUCUGUUGUCUCUCUGCCUGGGAAUUCCCGUUCAGACCGAACACUGAGGAACUCGCGGUGUCCUUCAAAACCAAACAAGUUGCACAAAUAUGCAAACCAUCGGUGAGAUCAUCCCAUUCGCUAAGGAGGUGCUGAACCAGAGGCCCAACUGGGGCAUGCUGAAGAUCUACACGCUGGGCUCCACCCUGGCGAUGCUGGGAGUGGUGGGUGGACUGGUGGAGACGGUUCUGCUGCCGUUUGCGGAGCAGGAGCCGGCAGAGGACGCAUCGGUGGAGCUGGUGAAGGAGAAGAGGGAGGACAGGGAGGUGUGGAAGUCACACACCACCUUUGUUUGCCUGGAAGUGGUGGAUGUGCUGGAGACGGUGGUGUUGGAGGCCCGGGUCAAGCACCUGGUGUCUCAGCCUCCUGCUUACAUGCUUCAUAAAGAAACUCUGGUCUACUGAUGUGAAUAGACACGGAAUUUUUUCUCCGGCUGGUGAAUAAAUCAUCGUGUUAAACUGG